AUGUUAGAAGGUGUUCCGGAAUCUGGCAGUAUUCCGAAACAAGGGGGAGAAGGUGUGUCUGAUAGGUCAAGGAAAGAAGACUUUAAUGCUCCAGUUAAGCUUGUUGUCAAGAAAGAACCUAAGGGCAAGGAAAAAUUAUUCAGUGAAGAGCCCAUCGUCGAUAACAGUGAAGAUGAAGAGGAGCUAGCCACACACGAGCAUAAAAAGCGAAAGGUUCGUGAAGCCGAACUGGAUGAGCACCAACAGAUCAUCCGAGAGAUUGAAGAAAAGGAAAGAGCUGAGAAAGAGGCUCAGGCUACUAUUUAA